AUGGAACUGAGAAAUAAAUCGGUGCAAUCUAAUUUAUACUGCUUUAAAGUAGCUGUGCCCGGAAAUCUACUCCAAGGAAGCCGUCGUAAGCGACAACCUCCUGUAAGUGGCUUCUAAGCCUCAGCCUUUAGAGUGGCCGCUUACGGAAGGUUUGACUGUACCUUGAAAAGUUCAUGUUAUGAUAUUAUUAAUAUUAUGCAUUAUUCUUUAUAGGGUGGUACAAUAGCUGUUCUUAGUGUUAUGGAGAGACCUUAUUUCUUUGCGGGUGCUAUUUUUAGCGCACCAAGCAUAAAAGUGGAUGCCAAUCCUUGCACGGUAAUUUAUUGCUCCACUUGCUACAAAUAGUAAACAAAAACACAAUGCAAAGACUGUUUCUCUUUUCUUAGGGUACCGUCAAUGCAAAAACAGGAUACAGCAAACCCAAAACAGAAAAACACUACGUACCUAAGGAAACAGAAAUACAAAUCCCAAAACAGAAGUAAACACCCCAAAGCGGAAACACAUACAAAACAAAAAUACGAAAUUGAACCACAAAACUGAAAGAGAAUUUAAAAAUACAAACCAUGAUCAAAAACCCCAAAACAGAAACAAGGAAAUAAUGUAAAACAAUAGUUUCUCAUGAUUCAUCGUCUUUUAAUUAUCUUAACCGGCGAUCAGGCGGGGGUUUUUUUUAUAGAGAGGGCGUGAUCACAGGCUAUAAUAGCCAAUUUCCGAGUUCCAAAAACUCUCGCUUUAAUAACGAGGCUAAAGGUACAGUAAAACGGGCAACUAAUUGCUGCAGAACGAGUCCAGAAGCGAUGCUUAGGAACUUGUUUAAACCUGAUUUGCUGCAAGGGAGGCUUCAUUCAUGGGUAGUAAAAUGCGCAACAUCACUUUUCAACUAGUUUCCCAACAAUUUUGUAAAACAGGUUUCACGUUUUUGUUGUCCGUUUUACCAUAGCUUUACAGCGAUUUUCGUAUAACCAUGAAAUGAAAACGAGCGAACAGAAAAGAAACAUCAAACGAACGGAAAUAGAGCGAUUUGAUUGGUUUAUCGAACGAAUACAAACGGGCGUGGGUUUUGGUUGGUUAAGCGAACGCCCGAGAACUUUCUAGAAAUCAAAUGAUACUUCGCUUAGAAGUCAUACAACAACACGAUUGGCCAAUCGAACAAUGCUUUCUCCAUAUUAGGGUUUUCUUUGGCGGGAAAACGAGAGGCCAUGUUUUGAUCUUUUCAUCCAUUGGCUAAUAAAACAAAUAACGAACACUUACCGAAACCAUUUUUCAAGGUCAUAAGAAAAUCUAAUGCAGGGUGAGAUAAAACAGAUUUUAGAUGUGAAAUAUUUGCAGGGGCAGCAAUUUUUUUAUAGUCUGUUGCCUCUCAAUUCACAUGUUAUUUAAACAUAAAUAACUGAUUAAUCACGAAAAGAAACGAACUUUUUACAAAGUUCUAGUGGCGGAUGGAAGGGAAUAUGAUGGUUAAUUUAGUAGGAGAUUAUUUUAUCACGAGUCAAGUUUUUAACCUUGUCUUCUAGGGGGAGGUGCGAAAUUAAUACAGUAGUGAUUGUUCCAUAUAUAAAAACACAAAAAAAAAUAACUAAACGAACUUGGCCAAUAUUCAGCUAUCUGGACCUCACGCUUGGUUAAAAGAGACCUUUAGGUUCGAGGACGAGAACUACUAGGAGUACGACUUUCGCUCUUCUCAAAAAGAAAAAUAGACACCAGGAAAGCUCCAUUGUACUUUUGAUUCACCAGAAAAGUUAGCACUGUUACCUAUUGAAGGAGUUUAAGCCCUCUCUCGACCGAAAUAAUAAAACUUAGCUUCUAACAUUUGAUAACUUGUUUAUUCGUCACAACGACAUUCUCGGCAAAACUCUUAGUAGAAUGACGACGGCUAUCACGUUUUCCCGCCAAAAUGACGCUGGUUAAUGCGCGCGCACUGCUUAGCAUUAAGAAAAUCUCGUACUCUUAAUCGUCCUCGUCUUAAAAACUGAAGGUCUGAAAUAACUUAUACAAUGCAUGUAUCUUACAGGUUUGUCUAGGAAGAAUAGUAUCAUGGAUAAUGCCCUCGUAUCAGAUCAGGCCACCGAUUGAUCCAUCACUCUUAAGCCAGGAUCCUACACAGGUGAUACAAAACUACAGGGAAACUCAGCCGAGUUUACUUUCGCAAAGAGUUGUGGGAUUGUUAAUAAGGACAGAGAAAAAGAUUGGCCAAUAGUUGACCGGUGUGACCCCAGUAACUAUCCCAGAAACAAUCGCGGGUCAAAUUUCUUCUCCAAUAAAAUUCCCUUCUCGUUUCUAAAAAGGCGAACAACACAACUGAUAACUGCUCUCUUUUCCUGAGUCAAAGGAGAGAGACUUUCGUAUGCAUUUUAUCCGCAUUUCCGAAAAAAAUUCCAUGACUUUCGAAAAAUGCCGGACAUAUUCCGGUGAUUUCUGGAGGUUGCCAAAUGACGAGGUGUCCAGUCCCUCAAACCGAUCGCGAAACUUGACCUUUCGUAACACUGACUGGAAUAAUUUGGGUGGAUAUUGAAUAAAAGUUUUUCAGUAUAAUGGUUGAUGACAAGUCGUUCGGAAUUGUGAGUCAGGAAUUGAUGUUUUCCAUCCUUCAUGAUUGUGCAAUGAAACAGUAACGCUGGUGGACGGCGGGUUCGUCAAGGGUCAUUCUGCCCUCUUCAGUUAAUUAGCCUUACGAUUAUACUAGACCUAACGCCUUACACAUUUAUCGUUAAAGGAGCUCGUCGUGCUUGUUGUAGGGGUGGAGUCUCCCCGUACUAAUUUUAAUAUCCCUCAAUUCUUCGCACGAUCCAUUUAAUAACCAUAAGUCUUACAGAAAGUCGAAUUUCCUUGAGUACCGGGUGUCGCUCGCGCCUUGUUGUUCUCGCGGUCCGACUUGCAUUGUGGAAAGUCUAGGACUUCAAUAACACAAUGCGCCUUGUUUAUUGUUAUUGUUUUAGGUUGAAAAGUAUGCCAAUGAUAGCCUAAACUGGCAUGAGGGAAUGAAAGUGAGAUGGGUCGGAGCUAUAUUAGACGCAAUGAAUGAAUCCAGAGGAACUUGUCAAAGCUUACAACACCUUAUUUACUUGUCCAUGGUGAUGGAGAUCAAUUAG